AUGGAAAAUCUAAAAUAUGCCAGAAAUAUUGGAAACAAAACGGUAAAUUUCGAUCUUAAUUUACGAGUACGUGAAGCAAAAAGAAAACCAUCUGAUUUGGACGUAAAAUUAGAUGAUUUGAUACAUUUCCUACUCAAUAAUGAGAAGCGGUUAAAAUUAGUAGUUCCAAAUAAAUUGGAUUCUGCUAAAAUAUUUUGUUACCGUGGUUUAAUGACAUGUAUAGCUUGCACGCCAUACGAAAAUCAAGAGCCAUGGAAAAUUGUUGCAAUACUCUUUAGAGGUGACAUAUAUUUAUGUGCAAGAUAUACAGAGCAAAAAAUAGCACAGAAGAAGUGCAUGACAGAAAAAGACAAACUUUUUACAUCCUGGGGUUACAAGUUUGAACAGUAUAUGCUAUCAGUUAAACCACAUUUAGACCCCAAUCCAGAAGUUCCUGUAGAUGAAACGGAGGAAUUCUCAUUAGUAUUGACAACCAAUCUUAACAAACACAAUAUCAUUUAUGGAGCAGAAAUGGAUGGCAUACGAUGUGAUAAGAAAAAGGUUGAUGAGGCUCCGGAUUCAUUUGAUGAUAUUAUUAAAUAUUUAUCAGAUAAGGAGUUUGUAGAACUUAAAACAAACAGACACAUAGAACGUGCAAAUCAAGACAGGAAUUUCAGACGGUUUAAAGCCAAAAAGUGGUGGUGCCAAUCAUUUUUAGUCGGAAUCGAAACUAUUGUAUGUGGUUUCAGAAAUGAUGAUGGUAUUGUAGAAGAGUUGAAGGUCUUUAAUGUUUCAGAUCUGCCAAAAAUGUCGAGGAAUUUCUGGGACCCAAAAGUCUGCUUCAACUUCUUGGACACUUUUUUUACUUUUGUCAAAAGGUGUUUAGUCAGACACAUCAAGAUUAAACAUGGAGAGUCUUCAUUAAAUAAUUUACAAACUUUACCCCUUGUGAGUUUAGUUUUCGAAUGGAGUCCAGGUUCUCCUGUAAAAGUCUCGCCUGAUUGUAAUCAUGACGAGGAUCCAAUUCUACCAGAAUACUUUCUUAAAACAUUUGGAAAAUGUGAAAGGUGA